UUCUGCCUAGAAAAGGAAUCCACGCUGGAAGUCUAUAUGCUUUCCACCGAACGCUUAGCCUCUGUGUGACACACUCCUAGACAUGGAAAAACUUUCUGUCCUAAGUUAGAACAGAGCUAUGGGUGAUUUAAACCAAACGAGAGCAAAUUAAAACCACUAAAACUGGAAUCUUCCAUGAAAGCAGAUGUCAACAACAUGGUUACUUCUCAAUAUGCUUUCCUGUAUUGCACGGUAACCUCUGAUAUUUGACACCCGAAAAUGAACAGGUGUGCAACUCCUUCAGACUUUAAAGCUUUGGACAUUAUCUGUUACAGGCAGAACACGUCUUAAGGUAAUGCUUCCAACAUCUUGAUUGCUCUGUCAUGCCUCGAAUUUUGUGGGGUUUAAUUCCUUUUUAUAUCAUCUCCUUGCUGUGCCCAGUGCCCAAGGGUCAGGAGAACAAUUCAAAUAAAGCUACAACUCACCGUGGGUCUCAGGAUGGCCCAUGUUAUGAUGCCAAACAAAGGCCAAAAUACUGUAUCCCAGAUUUUAUCAAUGUUGCUCUUGGGAAAGAGGUAACUGCAACCAACACUUGUGGACGUACACCGCAAAAACUCUGCUCUUUUCUAGAUGCUACAAAUGUGACAUCACGACGAUGUCAGCUAUGUGAUCAGAAAACUGAAACUUCCUAUCCACCAUCAUACAUGACCGACACGGAUGCUCAAACAUGCUGGAGGUCAGAAAGUGGUAUAACAUAUCCACAGAAUGUUACAUUGACUUUACCUCUUGGACGGAGAUUUGAGCUUGUUUAUGUUAGCUUGCGUUUCUGCUCUCCUCGUCCUGACUCUAUGGCAAUCUAUAAAUCUAUGGACCACGGCAAAACAUGGAUCCCUUUCCAGUUUUAUUCUACUCAUUGCCGUCGUGUUUAUGACCUGGCAACCACUGGUUCUAUUACAAAACCCAUGCAGCAUGAAGCCACUUGCACUGAUUUUCAAACAGGAGUCAAACCCCUUACUAAAGGACUUGUAGCCUUUAUGCCAUUAGCAGGUCGCCCUUCAGCACGUAGAUUUGAAUACAGUCCUGUUCUGCAAGAUUGGGUGACAGCUACAGAUAUCCGUGUGGUCUUCAGUAGACUUCACCAUGGAAAGAAAAUGGGAAUCCGAAAGAAGACUGCUUUCUAUGGGGUUUCUGAAUUCCAGGUUGGAGGAAGGUGUAAAUGUAAUGGUCAUGCAUCACGCUGUGUACCCAGUAAAGAGGGAUUUGUAUGUGACUGUCAACAUAAUACCAUUGGUCCAGAAUGUGAUGCCUGCAAGCCAUUUUAUUACGACAGGCCUUGGCAAAGAGCAACACCAAGCAAUGCACAUGAGUGUGUAGCUUGUGAUUGCAAUCAGCAUUCUAAUCGCUGCAGAUUUAACAUGGAAUUGUACAAGUUAUCAGGUAGAAAAAGUGGAGGUGUAUGUUUGAACUGUCGUCACAACACCGCUGGGCGCCAUUGUCACUACUGUAAACAGGGUUACAAACGUGAUUUGAGCAAACCUAUAUCAAGUCGAAAAGCCUGCAAGCCGUGCCAGUGUCACCCCAUUGGAGCAAUCAACGCCAUGUGCAACCAGACAACGGGCCAAUGUCAAUGCAAAACUGGAGUUACUGGUCUAACUUGCAAUCGUUGUGCUCAAGGAUAUCAGCAAAGUCGUUCUGCACAUAUGCCUUGUGUCCGAGAGGUUCAAGAAGAACUGACUACAACCGUAGCUUAUCCUCUGGAAUGGAAAGCAGGGAAUCAUUGUCAAUCAUAUUGUAAGCCAUCCCAUAGUCGUGUCCACAUGAACCUUCGCAAAUACUGCAAAAAGGACUAUGUUCUACGAGCGCAGCUCUUGUCCAUGGAAAAAUCUGGAGAAUGGUGGCAGUUUACAGCCUCAGUUAUUACAGUAUACAGGCAGAGAAGGGUGCCAAUUCGCCGCGGUGAUCAACCUCUUUGGGUUCCAGAUCAAGAUUUAGCAUGUGACUGCCUCCGUGUGCAAGUGGGCAAGUCUUACUUGAUUAUUGGAAAUGAUGAGGAGUCUCCGGAUCCAGCAAGAUUAAUCUUAGAUAAAAAUAGCCUUGCACUUCCAUGGCGUGAUGUUUGGGCACAUAAACUGAGGAGAUUUCAGCAGCAAGAUCGUCGUGGAAAAUGCCGAGUAGGAUAAUUAGUUUUUUUUAUUUUUAUCAAAUGAAGAUUAGUAUAAAUUGUCUCAGAACAACAUCUCAUUUAGUUUGAAACAAUAAUGAGGGUCUGCUAACUGCAAUUAUUGCUACCUCUAUAUUAUAAUACUUGUCUACUGGUAAAUUCAGCAACAGCCUAAUGCAUAUAGUCUUAAGGUGAAAAUUAUUUUACAUUAUAUUAUGUUUGCAGAAAAAAAAUGCUGUUUGAAAUACAGAUUAUACUUUGUGUGAUGAUAUGAAAACCUUUCUGUCUCUGUUUUGGAAUCUUGGAAGCUAAAAUAUUGCUGUUUUCCAAAAACAGUUACCCAUGACCAUGACCCAUAAUUCUUCUAAUAAAUUAGCAAGUGCUA